CGUGUCGCAUGGACGUGCUCCGUUUGACGUCCCUCUGUUGAACGAUAGAAGUAACCGAUCGAUUAUUGUGAUUAUCAUUCACACGCGAGUUUUCAGUGACAUUGUUGUUCUCUGGUGGAAGUUUGCAGCAGUUUUUGAUCAGUGUGUUGUGUUGCAUUUGAUAAUCAAUAGUGGGCAGCGCAAUUCUAAUGUGUUUUCGGUGUUUUUGUUCUAAGUGGAUAAGCAACGCUGCUUUGUAGUUUUCUUUGUUGUUGUUUUUAUUUCUGUGCUUGCAAAGUUGUGUUGAACACGCACUACACGUUCGGCUGGUGUAAAAAUAAAACAAUCAUUGCUGGGUGUUUUUAUUAUUAAUUGCGUGAAAUACUUGCGCUCAUAUUGCUAUAUGCAGCGUACACAACACACAUGCAUUUUGCCUAGGUGUCUGUUGCAAGCUCAGCGUGUGAGCGUUCGUUCUAGACCUUUAGCUAGAACAAUCCGCGAUCGUCACCGUGUGGGUGGUGGAAUGACAUUUCGUUAGGAGUGACGUGUGUGUUAUUGUUUUUACGAGGGCGUACAAUGAUCGUUCCAGUCAGUGAUUGACAACGACAAACGGUGAAGAUUCAGUGAAUGAGAAGCUACCGGAAUUCUGGGAGCGCGAGAUUCAACCAGAACCUUCACAGUAAAAGAGAGAAAGAGCAAAACAAUCAAAGAAAAGUAAUAAAAGCCGUGUAAAGUCAAAAGGUGAAGAUCAACCGCAGUAAGCGACGAAAGUGUACAAAAGAUGAAAAAAUCGAUCGCUCACUCCCUUUUGUACAUGUGUCAGAGAGUAUAGAUUGAGCAUCAUCAUCUCCGUCGGUCGGCAGGAAUCGGAAGAGCCAGUAGCCAGACACACAACAAUACAACACAGGUUGAAUCAUCCAGUUUCCGAAAGUUGAAGAAAACACAAAACGAAACACGCGCACUCUGGGCCGGAGUCGAGCCAGAUUAGGCUAUCACACUGAACGAGCGAGCGAGCGAAAAAGAGAAGAACAAGCUCAGCCGUCGAUCUGCGCGUAGCAAUUAUUAUGAUUAGAUGUGAGCCUUAUUAAAUGAAAGUGAUUUCGCGCCGCAAUUAAGUAUUUAAAGUGUAUCGUUGUGAGUGUGUCUGUGUGCACAAGUGUUUCUGCAUAUGCAUCUCCGCCGCUGAUCUCUUUUUGGUUGCUGCGGCGGAGCGAUUACUAUCAUUUUCGGAACGGGGGGCCUCCUAAUCGUCCGACCGAGUUCAGGGGGGCACAAUAACCCGCCAAAAGGAAAAAGAAGUUAUCAGUGGAACGAAGCAGUGGGCAUCAAAUACAACGAGGCGCAAUGGACAACGAAUCGGACGGCUCCGAACGGUGGGAGGAUUUUUUCGGUAGCAGUACCAGUUUAGCUCCCUCCUUGCUGGGCUAUUACGAUUCGUUGGCCAUCAAAGCGAGUGACGAUCCAAUCAACGGAAGCUCCGAAAAUCAGAGUGCAACUACCGUUACAACUACGACGGUAAAAACCAUAAAUUCAGCAGCAUCAAUCAGUCAACAGACGACCAUCUGCACUGAGCGAACGUUCCAAUCCGGUUCAUUGAAAUUCAAAUCCCUUGGUCUCAGUAACGGAGCAGCAAGUCUGCGACCCACCCGGGCAGCUCCACAACUGCCCAAGGCUGGCGACAAAUUUCGCAAUUUGUCCAACAACGUCCAGCGGAUACUGUCCAACACGGAAGCAUCCGUAGACGGCAAACAAAACCGGCCCCGGCCACCGCCGGUGCCAUUCCACCGUAGUCCACUUCAGUCAGCUUCGUUCAACUCUGGACGCACGGCUACUUCCACUAGGCACGCGUUCAAAAACCUUCCACUGUCCAAAAACAUCACCAAGCUCAGUCAGAUAACCAGCGAGCAACCCACGACUCCAGAAGACUGUGAUAAUUCCCUCGACGAGGACAUCCCCAAGCUGAGCUUCAUUCAGCAGCGUAUUAAAUCGCUCACCUCGGCUCUUUUCGACAACGACGACGACGACGACGACAACGGCAACAAAAUCGACCAACAACCUGCCAAUUCCGUACAGGAAGACGUCGAUCCGGAACCAGUUCUGAGAAAUCCCGAAAAAUCGAUGGAUGCCUUCGUGGAGAACUGUGACGAAUCGGAGCAUCGCAACACGAUCGUGGAAACACGCAACCCCUAUCUGAACCUAGUCGUCGUGGAACCUUCCCCGGAAGACGACCAACCCGAGCGAAAGCUGACUCCCUCCCGAGUGCAACAGCUCAACUCUUUCCCGCUAGCUCUCCCGAUUUCCCCAAAACUCCCACGCUCCACGUCCACCUCCACUCCCAGCCUGGACACCAGCUCGGCAUCCCUAUCGUCGAGCAAAACCUCGCUCACUCAAACCCCGGGAACGCCCGUUCUCAGCACUCGGCCGCUGUCAGCGUCGUCCAUUUGUUCGUACUCAUCGAGCAGCAGUUCCGGAUCGGAAAAUCUGCUUCUAGUCAACGGGAAAUUCUGUGCCGCUCCCUCGUACCAAGCGAGUGUGGAAAGUUUGGCCGAUCAGAGUGAAUGCGAGCAGGGGGGCAGCCCAACCAGUGGACUGACCAUGUGCGAACGGGCCGUCUUGGAGAUUAUCGACUCGGAGCGGAGCUACGUCGAAGACCUCGGGCAGAUAAUUAAAGGCUACCUGGAAGAUUGGAAGGAGCGCGCCUGCCUCAAGGUGGACGAACUGGACAUCCUCUUCAGCAACAUUCAGGAAAUUUGGGAAUUCAACACCCGGCUGCUGGCCUGCCUGAACGAAACCAAAGGCGACCCGGUCAAAAUAUCCGGCUGCUUCAUCGACCUGCACGAGAACUUCCAUUGCUACACAACCUACUGCACCCGUUACCCGGAGGCGAUCGCCCUGCUCACCAGCCUCCUGCAGGCCACCCACACGAACGCCCUGCUGAUCCAAACCCAGAAGAUGCUCAAUCACAAUCUGCCGCUGGGCUCGUACCUCCUGAAGCCGGUCCAACGGAUACUCAAGUACCAUCUGCUGCUCGAUAAUCUGCGAAAACACUUCGACGAUAAGCAGCAGGUGGCUCAUGCUCACGAGCUGAUGAAGAACGUGGCGCACAACAUCGACCAGGUCAAGAAGAAGCUGGAGCAGCAGAGCCGGGUCAAGGAGCUGGCCGGGAUUGUGGACGGGUGGCUUGGGCCGGAUCUGUCGGUCUUGGGAGAACUGCGGCAGGAGGGGCUGCUGAGUGAACACGCCAAACCGCGGGUCGUGCUGCUGUUCCAUACGAUGCUCAUCAUCACCAAGCCCAAGGAGGACAAGCGGUUGCAGUUUCGUACUUAUAUUCCGUGCAAGAACCUCAUGCUGGUGGAGCAUCUGCCGGGUGAGCCGACCAGCUUCAACGUGAUCCCGUACAACGACCCGAAGGGCCAGAUCAAGCUGACCGCUCGCAACCGGGACCAGAAGCGCCACUGGGCCCAGCAGAUCAAACAGGCCAUGCUGGAGCACUUUGACAUUCCGAAGCGGGCCAAGGAGCUGGUUCUGCAGUUGGGCGACGAAGAUGAUCGCAUAACGGACAAGAAUGCCAGCUGGAAGUGGCCCGGGCAUCAUCCAUCGACGCCGGAUUAUCUGGAGCGGAGGCAGCAGUUCCGUCGCAGCGAGAUGCGAAAUCGAUCGAAGAAGAUGCGCAAAAAUACGGCCAGCAGUAUCUCGUUGGACGGGAUCUCGCAGAAGGACGUCAAGCAGCCGACGUUCCAGUCCUACUCGAAGGUACUGGAACAGGAGGGUGAGGGAGUGGGAGGGGCGAAGGAACCCGAGGGUACCUGCAAGUGUGAUGCGGUGAAGAAGGAAUUGGAACACAAGCAAUUGAAGAGCAGGAGUCGAUCGGAGACGAGGCUUCCGGAGGAUAGGAAGGGAGCGAAGAUGAGCGAUGAGGAGGUGUUUGCUAAGGCGAUGGCCGAGAGGAAUAGAUUCGCAACGCAGAGAAGGAAGACGAAGGAGAGUCUUGUGGAAGUGAAGUCAUACAAUACGUCGACGAUACCGAAGCGGAUAGCCAAUAUUAGAAAGACCAGAUCCAAGACGUUGACUGGCAAUUCGACAUUCUACACGGAUCUGGAGUUGGGUGAAGGUGAAGAUGAUACGACGGUGUUGAAGAUCACCGAGUCGACGGAUAAUUUGAGCAUAGAUGGGGUAGGAGAAGGCUCGAGUGAAGUUGAGGAACCAAAAAGCGCCCAGACCAAGGAAGAGUUGGAAGAAGAUGGUAGUUCGAGGAGGGAUUCGGAUAUAAUCUCUCAGUUGGUGCUGGAGAAGAGUGAAUUUAGGAAAAUGAGUAGACCUCCCAAAAAGAAGUCAUUCGAUUCAAUGCGAUCGUUGUCGUGUACUAGUCAAGACGAGGAUAGAGAGCAAGAACGCAUGGAAGCUGGCAAGGAAGAUGUGAUUCCUCAACCGCCGAGCACAGAUCCUCCGGAGGAGGAGACGGAGGAAGAUGAAUUUAGGAAGGUAGACGAGUUGAACAAAGAAUCGGAGGAUUUGCUGAAUCGGUUGAGCGAGAUUCAAUCCGAUCUCGUUUCACCGGAACCCAUCUACGAAUCCUUACUGCGGAAUGUUCACGUGCCGUACAAAUAUGCUCCCCCGCUGACACGGUCUGUAUCUCAGCAAUACGGAAAGGUGCUGGAGUCGAUGAGGACGGAUGCUUCACCGAAGAAGUCUCGUCCCGAUUCGGACUACGUGACACUUGCCUAUUCGGAGAAUGGGCUGAUCAACAUCGAUGGCCAUGGCGUCAUGCCCAAGUCUUCGAUUGCACAGCUGAGAAACAGCGAUACCAACAUCAACUAUCACCAUCCCUGGCGCAAGGAGGAUGAAUCCGGACCCGUGCAGGACACGCGUUCCGAGAUUGUCACACUCAUCGGUGAUGAUUCCCUGAAACCGCUGGAACGACAGGGAAGCCUAAGCAUUAAGUCACCAAAGAACCUGCUCCAAAGAUUCAUCAGUCUGCACUCUUCCCCGUCGACGACCGGAAGCUGCGACAGCAAUCUCCACCAGCGUAAAAUGUCGGUCCCCGAUAACCCAACACCGAUCUACAAACAAGGAAGUCUAGAUCUCGGCUCCCGAAUCGCAAAUUUGGAUUACGCCGACCCGCGGACGCUGUUCACCGCCAACAACCAGCCCAACAUACUGAUCAACAGAGCCUCAAUGAAGCCCCUAUCCGCGGACCUUGAGCAACGGGACUCCAUAUUUUCCCUCAAUUCUUCCAGCGACAGCGUCUGUGGAGUGACGAAUGAACUGGAAGACGAAUCUUACAGCUUCUACGAAAAAGACGUCGAGGAAUGCUUGGAACAUGAAGACUUCCGCGAUUCCGCAGUCUACAGUGGCGACGACAAUCGUCCGGAUUUGGACGAUCAGGUCGUGUACGAAUCGAUUGGGGAAAUCAACCAGCAGCGGCUGUUGCGACCUCUCUCCCAGGUGGCUCGAUCCAUAUCGUCGGCUUCGAGUAGUUCCAGUGGACCACCACCGCCGGUUCCGGUAAAGCCGGCUCACCUGGAGCAGAUGAAGAAGAUUAAACCGCGAGUGACGAUGGCUACGUCGCCGCCGUCAGCCAAGGUGGGACCACCUCCGAAGAGCGGCUGGGUCCUGCAGCAGGUGAAGCGAUUUCAGUAACUGCUACCGUAUGCGUUUAUUUAGGAGAGACUGAUGAAUGUGCCUUAUUGUCCGAGUUUCAGAAAACCAAAAAGCCCAGGAUUUCAAAGUCGAUCUUCGUUUGAGUGUUUUACAUGUUUUAGUGAUAAAUACCAAACGUGGCUCUAGUUUUGCAAUUUAGCGAAGAUGCGAUUUAAAUUCAUCAAAUUGUAUUUAUUACUUACUCUCUAGGAUAGGUCUAUUUAUGGUAUGUGAUUAAUAUUCUAGAUUUUAGCGAAAGUUACACUAACCCAGAAAUUUUAGAUGCGGUAAGGCUCAAAGCAGGAGGUUAAUAGCGAGUUAUUAUGUGGAAUUACACAACACAACAAUUUUUAGCCUACAGCGAAGGUCAGCAUGCGCCAUAUUGAAUGAAAGCAAUAGAUUUUCAGCAUUGAUGCAAUACACUAAGUAAUAAAAUUUUAAUCUUCAUUGGAAA